CCGCGCGGGCCCGGAAACUUUUCCCUGGUGUCUUGGUCGCCGCCCGUCCGGGCCCCGGAGCGCCCAUCUCCCGCCAGCGCUCCGUGCGCUCGGCCGGGGCCGCCGCGGCGGGACGCAACCAGAGAAGGGGGCGCGGGGCUGCAGGGCCCGGGGCUGCGGACAGCUCGGGAGGUCUCCGGCCACGCGGAGGCGCGGGCACGGGACCGGGCGGAGCCGAGCCAGCCAUGGAGGAGGCGCCCAGCCCCGCGCCCGAGCCCGCGCUCUGGUACUGGGACUACCUGGACCGCUGCUUCGCUCGCCACCGCGUCUGCAUCUCCUUCGGCCUGUGGAUCUGCGCCUCCUCGUGCUGGAUCGCCGCCCACGCGCUGCUUCUUUAUCUGAGAUGUGGGAAGAAAUCUGGACGGGACCAGUCAGCGCUGUGUGCCGCGUGCUGCCUCCUGACCAGCCUAUGUGACACAGUUGGGGCGAUUCUGGCCAAACAGCUCACAAUCCAGGUCUUCACUGGUGCCUACCUAGCAGCUAUUGACCUGGUGAGCUUUGUGUCCAUUCUCUUCCCAGUCUGUGGCUCCAAAUUCAAGUCUAAUUCGGGUCGGAGCUCCCAGGAGAGGAAGAAGAGGCAGCGGCUGAGGGCCAGCGUAUUUGCCCUAGCCCUGCCGCUGAGCCUGGGCCCAGGCUGGGCUCUGUGGACCGCUGUCCCAAAGGCUUCAGGCCCCAUCCGAGGGCCGCAGCGGAGGUUGCUGGGAAGCCUGCUACAGGACAAUACUGAAAUCUUCGGCUACCUGCUGGGCAGUAUCGCAGCCUUCGGCUCCUGGGCGUCCCGGAUCCCCCCACUCUCCAGAAUCUGCCGGGGUAAGACAUUUCCCUCCAUCCACCUGUGGACCCGGCUCCUGUCAGCACUGGCUGGCCUCCUCUAUGCCUCGGCCAUCGUGGCCCAUGACCGGCGGCCUGAGUACCUGCUGCGGGCCACGCCCUGGUUCCUGACCUCCCUUGGCCGUGCGGCGCUGGACCUUGCUAUCAUUUUUCUUUCCUGGGUGAUGAAAAGCAAGAUGAGGCAGGCCUUGGGAUUUGCCUCUGAAGCCAGAGGGAACCCCGACACGCAAGCCCUUCUGACCUGUGUGGAGAAGGAGGAAGAAAGCCAGGAGGCAAGGACUGAGAAUUCGGACUGGAUGCCUCUCAUCGCACUGCCGCACUGCAAGCCACUCAAGAGGAUGGCAGCCAUUAGUCGUUACAUGGAGCUGACCAUAGAGCCAGUGCAACAGGCAGGCUGCAGUGCCACCAGGCUGCCGGGCGACGGACAGACGAGCGCAGGAGUCGCGUCCCUGCAGGAGCCCCCGUCGUACCCUCCGGUUCAGGUCAUCCGGGCCCGCGUCUCCUCCAGCAGCUCCUCCCAGGCCUCCUCCAUCAACUCCGACCUCGAGGUACGGCUGUGUCCGCCGGCGGGUGCUCGGCGUCCGCCUUCACCCGCACUAGCCGGCGUCCCCGCGGUGGCGGCACCGCUCUCCUCUCACCCGCCCGCGCCGACCUCGCCAACCUCGCCAACCUCGCCACCUCGCGGCCGCUAAGUAGUAAAUAAGCUUCUGCCUGAGGACUUCCGCACGCCGUCCGCCCUAAGAAGAGCUUCCCGCGGUCAAAUGAGUCAGGGAAACACUGCGCACUGAAUCACUUGGCCCAGUCAAGUCUUACAGAAAUAAAUGCUGAAUAACGAACUUUUUAAAAAAUUGAAGUGUAGUUGAUUUACAAUGUGUUAGUUUCAGGUGCACAGCAAAGUGAUUCGGUUAUACUUAUGUAUAUCAUUUUCAGAUUCUUUUCCAUUAUAGCUCAUCAUAAGAUAUUGAAUAUAGUUCCCUACACUCUACAGUAGGACCUUGAAUAACAAGCUUUUUAAGAGUCUCCGAGUUUCCCAAACCCAUUUGACCAUGGAAGCCUUUCUUUCCCCACGAGGAGCACCAGAAUUUUUGGAUUUGUGAACAAAACACCGCCAAUGGGUGUAACUCUCUUCCCCACAGCUGUGGCUCUCAACCCUGUUCAGAAGGAAGCUUCCCUUUGUCUAUGACGAGUGAGAGCAAAGUGGUGGACGUGGGGUGUCAGCAAGGGGAGGGUCCUUCUUUCGGGUUCUGUGUUCUCCCACUGUUUCUGGUGUUUAAAUGCCCUUUUAUGAAGUGAUUUUAAUAGGAGGUAGUAUUUGGUGUUGAGGUUUUGGUUUUGGUCUUAAUGACUUUUUUUGGCAGUCAUCAAUCAGCUGUCCUGAGUCUGUCCCCCAGAUUUGUUCAACUCAUAGUGAACCCUGAAAUCCAAAGACUCAGAGCUACACGUCUGUGGGGUGGAGUCAGAUCCCUCAGUGUCGGGUCCAGGCCGUGCCCACCUGCCCUAGCCUCGUGCCCCUCCGCUGCUCUCACCCGCAGGCCCGCCUCAGCUGUGGACUGUCCCCUCGUCCCCAGGACUCUGGGCCUUUCCCCCUGGGAUUUUCUCUGGCCCAGUUUCCAUGUGUCAGAAUCCAACCCAGAUGCCUCCUGCCGUGUGAACUUACCCCCCCCCCCCCCGCCGCCAACACACACACACCAGAGGUUAAAGGCUCCUUCCCUUGGUGCCAGGGUAUAUGCCUCUCUCACAUCCCUUCCGUUGUUUGUCAGGUAGCCUGGUGAACGGUAGGGCCCUGUGUCCCCCACCAGACUGUGCACUGGGGCCUGGGCAGCCCUCAUCUCGAUCUCUCGAUCCUGGAGAAAACACAGCUGGUCAUUGAGGACUGGGUUUUGAGUGAGGAAUUUUGUACCAGACCAAGGACAAUUUAGGGUCCGUGUAUCCCCGUGUCAUUCAUUCGCUGUUGUUUAUUUCUUGGAUCCGGUCUCAGAAUGUGUAGGACACUCAAGGCCUGUGGCUUGGCUGCCCGGAGUCAGCAGGCUGGGCAGAGUCUAAGGCUAAAGAGAGUGAGGGAACCUGACGGCAAAGUGUCUUCAUGAGGAGAAGGGACAUUUGAGUUGGUGAGAUUGGGGUGGGGUGGGGGGCACAUUGGAAGCAACACUCACUCUGUGGAAGCCCUCAACUGGGGGAAGGAUUGAACAGUGACCUUGAAAAAUGUAGCAAUUUGUCUUCGUGGCUGGUUUGGGCCAUUUCUGUGUUUCACAGCCCUUUUUCCUCCUCUGCUCUAUUUUCCUUCUUUUUAGACGUUUAUUUUUUUAACUCUAUGAAUCCAAGGGGACAGGGUCACACUCUCAAAUAAGGCAAAUGGAAAUGAAUGCUUUAUACUUGUUAAACAAAGAAUGUAUUUUUAGAAGCUCAGCUCCCCAACCCAGCCCCGUAACCAUCCCCCCCACCCCAGCACAGUCCUCCUGCUUUGUUCCCUAAAACAUCCGUACACUAUACAGGACAGAGCUACCGAGCCCUGAACAGAAAUAACUUAGAAUCUCACUAAACAUAGACACUGACAGGUCAACGGGCCUGCAAAACUCCCAGUAGAGAUUGUUUAAUGUAUGACCAGGCGUCAGUGCUGCUUGUCAGGGAUGUGAUCCACCAGGCCUUUUGGUAGUCUGUUUUCUUAAAAGUAGUGCAUGUUUAUUGUAGAAAACUUGAAAAAUAUAAAGAAGAAAAUUAAAAUUAACCCACAAACCUAUCAACCAGCGUCUGCCUCAGGGUGGUGGGAUUGCACGGGCUUGACAGCCUCCCCAGGUUUUCGGAGCAGGAUUCCCCAGAGGUCCAGUUCCCGAUGGCUGAAGGGAGCAGGAGGGGGUCUUUUAUCUGACAUGUGUGACAUCACACUUCACCUACCUGUUUGGUCACUCAUGCAGCAAACAUGUUCUGAGGCAGGGGGAUUUGAAAGAAGAAAACAUAGGGACAUGUGGGCUGGCCCAGGGUGGGAGGUACUUGGUAGACAGGUCACAGUCUGACCGUCACCUGGCUCCUCCAGACCACAGCUCCCAGGGACUGAAGCCUGCAGUUGGAGGCCAGGCCCCCGGCCGUCACCUCCUCUGGUUUGUGAUUUCUUUUGCUCCCAGAAUUGCACAGUUCAAAUGCAUCAUAACACUGGACUGAAACACCUGGGGCAUCUGUCCCCACUCUCUGGCUACGAUGGGCAUCUGUGCUCUCGAGUUGUCUGCGUCUGUUGCCAACCAGCUGGGCUCUGCUUGGCCCAUAAGGGAACACCUGCAUCCUCCCACUGUGGAGGCCUGGGAGCCACUGUGUGUCUGGAGUGGGGAGGGGGAGGCAGGAGCCAGGGGCGUGAGAAUGGAGCCAAACACCAGAUUGCUGUCUGAAGAGGCUCAGGUCCUUGGCCACUGUGUCCUGCUAAUUCUGUGCCUAAGGCUCUUGACAACCAGGACUGCUUGUUCUCUCUCCAAAGCCUGCUUCCAGCACCAGCAGACCAGGACAUAUUCCCUUGGUUGUUUGUCCUUCUUAAAGCCAAAUUAUUCUUUUAAGGUUAAAAUUAGUUAAUAAAAAGAAUAUAUAUAUGUAUAUAUACACACACACAUCUACACACUGACUCUAAAAGUACUAAUUUUAUUUUAUUUUUUUAAUUGAAGUAUAUUUGAUUUACAACGUUAUGCAAGUUUCUGAUGUAUAACAUAAUGAUUCAGUUAUACAUAUGUAUCCAGAUAUACAUAUACAUGUAUAUAUAUUCUUUUUCAUUAUAGGUUAUUACAAACUAUUGGAUAUAGUUCUCUGUGCUAUACAGUAGGACUUGUUGUUUAUCUAUUUUAUAUAUAGUAGUUUGUAUUUGCUAAGCCAGACUCCCAAUUUAUCCCUCCCCUCCUUUCGCCUUUGGUGACUGUAAGUUUGUUUUCUGUCUGUGAGUCUGUUUCUGUUUUGUAAGUAAGUUCAUUUGUGUCAUUUUUUUAGAUUCCACAUAUAAGUAAUAUCAUAUGA